AUGGAUCUUUCCAAGAAUGCUUUUUCAGGGACCAUACCACAAUGCCUCCACAAGAUAUAUUUUGGGAAGAUAGCAGCAACUAGUUUUGGCUAUUUUCAAAGAAAUGUUAGUAAUACCGUACAGUUUAUGACACCUUACACAUAUAAAGUUUUCUUGAAAUUGACUGGUGACAUUUACCACGAUAGUGAAUAUGAGGAUGCAGAAGUACAGAUUGAGUUUGUAACUAAAUAUAGGCAUAGUUCUUAUAAGGGUUCUCCCCUUGGUUACAUGUCUGGAUUGGAUUUCUCAUGCAACAACCUAACAGGUGGCAUCCCACCUGAGUUAGGACAAAUAUCUUCAUUGCAUGCACUAAACUUAUCUUAUAAUCAGCUGACAGGUAAAAUUCCAAUAACAUUCUCGAAAAUGGCUCAGUUGGAAAGUUUAGACCUCUCUCAUAAUAAUUUGAGAGGAGAAAUUCCUUCAGCAUUGAUUGAUCUAACCUUUCUUGAGGUAUUCAAUGUGGCCAACAACAACCUCUCAGGUAAAGUUCCAGAUAUGAAAGCACAAUUUGGAACAUUUGAGAAAAGCAGCUAUGAAGGAAACCUAUUUCUUUGCGGACCACCACUAGAUAAAAGUUGUGCCAAAGAAAAGGAGUCAGAUCCAACACCAACCCAAUCUUCAAAUGAAAGUGACAAAAAAUGGUAUGAAGUAGAUCCUAUGGAAGGGAAUGGAAAUGGAAUGGUGGAGAAAUUUGUGAAACAAGGGAUUGCAGUUGAGAUGUUUGUAAAAAUGUCUGUGAAAACCGAAAAUGGAAAUAGAAUGGAGGAUGUUUGUAGUCGGCUAUAUGCAUCCUCGCUAGGCUUCUUUGCCAUUUUAUUGUAUCUGCUUUGUAUCUGUUUUGCCAUGAGAAAUGUUGAUAAGGUCAUAGGUGCUAUAAUUCUAGCUAGGUUGUUGCCUGUAAGUUCUAAGGAAAGCAUUAUUGCGGCAAUUAAGAUAACUUUGUAA